AUGAAACUGUUUGUUGCUGUACAUUUGAGUGUGUCUUUCCUUUGCCUAUGGAACGUGGAGUCUAAAGAAGUUUCCAACAAGAAAUUAUUGCUAAAAGAAUCUCUUAAAGAACUACUAAAUGCUGACAAUGUCUCCACAGAUGCUAGAUCAACAUUGAAAUUAGCUGAGGGGUUAAUCCAUCAAGUAGAAGAUCAUGAACAUGAUGAUUUGCUUGAAUUCUUUGGUUUUAUUUCCAAGUAAGUCCUGAUCAAUCGCAGCAAAGGGUGAUUUAGAUUCAAUCGGCGUUAUGCGGAUUCUAAGGAGGUGGAAUCAAGAUUCAGAAUCAUCCAGGAGAGUCUGAGGACCAUUUCGAAACUUCGUAAAGCAAGUCCAAGCGCUGAAUUCGGCCUAACGGCGAGGAGUGAUCUCUCCAAAGCAGAACAUUCAACAUGUGCGAGGUUCAGCAAGAUGAAUAGCAAGGAGUUCAGCCGUAAGUAAUCAAAACUUUUUUAUGUUGACUUUUUCAGACGCCCUUCCAAACUUCGCUGUUGGUGAAGCUCCGAGCACAUUCGACUGGCGAGAUCAUAACGGUGUUACCAGCGUCAAAGACCAAGACCAGUGUGGAAGUUGCUUUGCUUUCGCCGCAACAGCCGCAAUUGAGAGUCAGUGGUUGGUGCACCGAAACAAAAGCCUAGAUCUGAGCGAGGAGCAAAUUCUUCAAUGCACUUACAACGUUUCGGGGUACGAUGCCAUGGGUUGUGACGGAGGAGAUCCCGCUGGUGUACUGAGAUAUGUUCGAGAUCACGGAGUGACCGACGAGGCCCACUCUCCAUACAACAUAUCCGCAGAGAUGGGGCAUUGCAAUAGAAAGGUACCAAUUGUUGCCAACAUUAGCCACAUUGUUACUCUUUCAAAUUACGACGAAGAUCAAUUGCGCGACAUUAUCUACAAUGUGGGGCCGGUUGUUGUUGGUAAGAGAGUUGUUUUGAAUGACGAUGUCAUAUAUAGUAUACAUCUUUGCCACUCAAGACACUCAUUUCAGGGGCUGACGCAACCUUUUUAAUAAACUAUCAUAGAGGAGUUAUUAGCUUGCAAUCCGACGAGUGGAAUGUAGAUCAUGCAGUGGUCAUCGUGGGUUAUGGAGAAGAGGGCAGCUUCAAAUAUUGGGUCCUCAAGAACUCCUGGGCCGAAACAUGGGGCGAGAAAGGAUACUUCCGCGUCGAAAGAGGCCUCAAUGUACUCGGUGUAGCCAAAACGCUUAUGAUUGCAUUUAUCUGA